UUCCGAGUGGGUACAACGAACGUAAACCCAACUCAAGUCCGCUCCGCGUGAUAAAAAUCGGUUUUAAAGUCUGACUGGCGAUUUCCCCCAAACGCUCCCUAACCCACCCAAACCCCAAAUCCCAAAAGCCUGCUUCCAAUCAGGUGCAUCUCUGAACUGGAACAAUCCGAUGCCAGCGAUUCACACUGAAAAAGGCACAGCGUAGUGUGUUUCGGAAUCUCGCUCCUCCAAAUGGCGGUUUCCGAUUCUCCCAGCGGCGCCUCCACGCCGCCGCAGCAGGAACAACCCAACAACUACGCUUUCACCAAGCCUCUCUCUCUCGCCGGUCCCACCGACGCUGAUCUCCAACGUAACCUCGAAUUGGAGAAGUGCUUGCUCGAUUCGGGGCUCUACGAGAGCAAUGAAGAAGCCGCAGCGAGAAAAGAGGUUCUCCACCGCCUCGAUCAGAUUGUGAAAAGCUGGGUCAAGCAGUUGACGCGCCAACGUGGGUACACAGAUCAGAUGGUUGAGGAUGCAAAUGCUGUCAUUUUCACUUUUGGUUCUUACCGACUAGGGGUUCAUGGACCUGGAGUUGACAUAGACACUUUGUGCAUUGGUCCUUCUUAUGUGAACCGAGAGGAAGAUUUCUUCAUCAUUUUGCACAAUAUCCUGGCCGAAAUGGAAGAAGUUACUGAACUGCAACCAGUUCCUGAUGCACAUGUUCCAGUAAUGAAAUUCAAAUUCCAGGGGAUAUCUAUAGAUUUGCUGUAUGCAAGUAUAUCACUUUUGGUUGUGCCAGAAGACCUAGAUAUCUCACAUGGUUCAGUGCUGUAUGAUGUUGAUGAACCAACUGUUCGAAGUCUUAAUGGCUGCCGGGUGGCAGAUCAAAUUCUUAAACUUGUUCCAAAUGUUGAGCACUUCCGAACUACACUGAGAUGUUUAAAGUUUUGGGCUAAAAGGCGUGGUGUUUAUUCAAAUGUUACUGGGUUCCUUGGUGGUGUAAAUUGGGCUAUUUUAGUUGCUCGAAUUUGCCAGCUUUACCCGAAUGCAAUCCCCAGUAUGUUGGUUUCUCGAUUCUUCAGGGUCUAUACACAGUGGCGGUGGCCAAACCCUGUAAUGUUAUGCUCUAUAGAAGAGAAUGAACUGGGAUUCCCAAUAUGGGAUCCUCGUAGGAACCCCCGAGACAGAUUUCACACCAUGCCAAUAAUUACUCCUGCAUACCCUUGCAUGAAUUCAAGCUACAAUGUCUCAGCAAGCACUCUUCGUGUUAUGAUGGAACAGUUCCGCUAUGGCAAUAAGAUUUGUGAUGAAAUUGAUCUUAAUAAAGCCCAGUGGAGCGCACUUUUUCAGCCUUAUAUCUUUUUUGAGGCAUAUAAAAACUAUUUACAAGUGGACAUAAUGGCAUCAGACACAGAUGAUUUACUAGCGUGGAGGGGCUGGGUAGAAUCACGGUUGAGACUGCUUACCCUGAAGAUAGAGCGAGAUACAAAUGGGAUGUUGCAGUGCCAUCCUUAUCCACAUGAAUAUAUAGACACAUCCAAGCCUUGUGCACAUUCUGCAUUUUUCAUGGGCCUGCAAAGAAAAGAGGGAGUAAGAGGUCAAGAGGGGCAGCAAUUUGAUAUACGUGGAACAGUUGAUGAAUUUAGACAAGACAUAAAUAUGUACAUGUACUGGAAGCCAGGGAUGCAAAUCUUUGUUUCUCAUGUUCGUCGAAAGCAACUCCCCGCAUUUGUUUUUCCUGAUGGUUACAAGCGCACUCGAAUGCCAAGGCAUAUAAGCCAGCUGGCUGAAAAAACAGGUGAUGACAUCACAAAGUGCUACUCUGGGUCCAGUUCAUCCGAAAGAUGCAUCAAGAGGAAAAACUACCCUGAAAUGGUGGAUAGGAAGCCAGACAAACCAGAUAAGCGGGCAUCUAUUAGCCCGCAGAGGUUAGAAUGUGUUUCUCCUGAAUAUUGUACUGGUAAAUCAGUUGGUACAGCUCAAAUGAGUAUUGAGUGUAUGGAAGGGGUUAGAUUAUCUGGUUCAACUACCAAGGAUGCUAAUAGCAAUUGUGAAAUUAAGUCAUUGGAUGCACUCCCAGGAAGCGGACUAAGUACUGAGAUAGCCAACACGCAGAUUAGUGAACCGGGCUUUGUUGAUUCCAGACAUGAUAUGUUGAAAUCAAGGAGUGUAGAAGUUCCAAAUGAGAAUGGAGUCGUCAAUGGGGACGAAGCUCGGGAUCUGGCUUUAGAUUGCUUGGAAAGUGCAGAAACUGAAUCGACCAACAGCUUGUCAAACUAUAAAGGUGUCAUUGAUAUGGAUCAGCGACUAGAUAAAGCAUGUAAUUUCAUCACAAGGGCCGAAUGUUCAGAUUAUGUAUCAAAUGCCAGCUCCCAGAACCUCAAUUGCGAGGGUGAUGUUUGUGUGGCUGAUCCAGAUCAGUUCUGAAGAGUGGUUGUUUUCUUGGAAAUAGAGUAUUUCAAAAUAUCGGGGCUCAAGAAUAUAAGGUUUUGAAUUUUCUAAUCUCUUGGUUUUUCUGGGUAAUAAAGAUUAUCUGAUCUUACAAUAAUACUAUUUACCUCAUCCUUCUUUGCUUUAUGCCUUUAUGGCUGCUACCAAAAUUUUAUAUUUCAUGGGUUUUCAGAAUAAAUAAAGAGUCUAAUCUUGUCUUUCUUUUGGACUGAUUUGAUUUUUACUUUUGUUAUAGCUCUGUUUGCAUAUUAUAGCUAAUUCAGAAUGCGGUGUGUCCCUUUUCUCUUUCCAUCUUGCUGGGUCUUCUUACUGUGAACGACUGUUUUUAUCUUGUAUAUUUUUCUGUUUCUUUCAAGAUAAUUUGAUUAUUAGUUUUCAUGGUAAUUGAAUUUCUGAGUGAGUUUUCUGACUGGUGAAUAUGUGGUCGCAGGUCCUGCACCACUUAUACGUGCUAUGUUUCCAGUAACUGUGCUUAAGAACCUAACUUGUUUUGUGUAUAGAGAGGCUCAGAGACCAGACCUUCCUUUUGUUUCAUUUUACAAUUUUUUGUUUAAUAUUUUUUUCCUAAUUAUUAUUCUUUCCAUUUUCUGUAUUGUGUAUAGCCAGACGUCAGACAAAGAAGUGUCGUAUAAAUUGAAGACGGGGCUAGGUCAGAAUCUUUGCGGAGCUUGUGAAAAGCAUGAUUUUCAUCUCUUGGCUAGGUCAGAAUUUUUAUACUGUGCUCUUUGAUUUUGGCUUUUGUCUUGUAGGAGGAUGAGUUUGGAGUGAAUCACAUGAUAUUUGGGAGGUGAAUGGUUGAAAUUGCUGCUCACGCUGCUACACUGUGCUACGUUGUGGCUGUUGCUGUGCUGAGAUCCUGUGAGUGGGACUAAUGCUAUAAUUGAACAGUGAGGAGCUGUUACAAAUGAUGGCAAUGAAAGAGGUUGGGGUUUGGGGUAUGGCGUUGCGAUGAUCGUUUCUGUACAUAGAUGAACCGCAUGAUGGAGACGCUUAAAAAUGUGGUCAGGUCCUGUUGUGUGUGAAACAUGGGCUCAUCUCAUCUUCAGAGCUGUGAAUUGUCUCGUAAACCUUAACAUAUUUACUUAUCUUGGAUUUUAAAGGAGUUGGAACUUUGUUGUUUGCUUGUGACGUGGAUGUGAUCGAUACAUUAUGUAAAUGUAAGCAAAUAGCUAUUUCGGCUAGGUGAUUUAGAAGAGAAAACGGUAUAACCAAAAUAUUUUGGCGGCAGAAUAGGGUAGCCUUCCUUACUCUGGAAUUUGCGGUGGGGAGGAUCAUUCUGUCCAUGGAGUUUCGUUGGUCUUUCAAUUUAGUGAAUACUUAUCAUGUGAAAAUGGUUUCUGUCUUAAAGUGUUCUCGUGGUUUUCUUUUA